AUGCCGCCGCGCCCUCUCGCUGCCCUGCGCCAUCACCACUGCCCACUUCUGCCUUUCGCGCUCUCGUCGCUCCGGAUUCACGUUCAAGCUACACCCGCCGCUCCGCAUCUUUCGCUGAGAGCUCUUAUUCCGCUGUAUCCCGUCCCAGCCUUACCGAGCGGCGUCGCGCACACGCUUGAAACCCGAGCCGCAGCCACGUUGCUGGAACCGCACAUCGUGUCGCCAUUCCACGCCGUCCAAUCGUGCCUCGCUCGCUCGCCCCCGCCGUCGCCGCAACCCCUCGGUCAGCCGCAGCCAUGGCGCCAUGGCGCGCCACCGCGCUGCCCGCCCCGCCAUCCGUUGCCUCCUCCUCUUGUGGCCUCUCCCUUCGUAGGCAGUGCAAAUGGACGGCUGCGAUCGGUGGCUGCGGGUGAGAGUUGUGUGACCCGGCGUAGUCGCACGAGGAGCUUCGCUCACUGCAGUGCCGGCGGCAGUGACGAACGGAGUGGCGGACAGAACAGCGAGGCGCGAUUGGAAGGCGAAGGCUGGGGUGGUAACCACACGGAGCGAGGUGGCAAGGAGGAGGCGCAUGCGAUGGAGGCGUACCUGCGGCGGUUCGUGGACUACGAGCAGCGUGGCGUGCCCGAUGGCGCUGCUGCUGCCGAGGCCGCGGACGAGGCGGGUGCAGGCCUGUCGGAGGGCGGUGCGUGUGCGGGCGAGCCAGGGAGGGCAGGCGGGGAACGGUUCGACCUGCAGCGCAUGCAUCGGCUGAUGGACGCCCUGGGAUCGCCCGUGUCGCAGUACAAGGUGGGGGGUGAUGGAGGGAGGAAAGGGGCAAGGGGUCGGGAUGGUGGGAAAUGGGGAAUUCGGGAUGGUGGGAAAUGGGGAAUUCGGGAUGGUGGGAAAUGGGGAAGUCGGGAUGGUGGGAAAUGGGGAAGUCGGGAUGGUGGGAAAUGGGGAAGUCGGGAUGGUGGGAAAUGGGGAAGUCGGGAUGGUGGGAAAUGGGGAAGUCGGGAUGGUGGGAAAUGGGGAAUUCGGGAUGGUGGGAAAUGGGGAAGUCGGGAUGGUGGGAAAUGGGGAAGUCGGGAUGGUGGGAAAUGGGGAAGUCGGGAUGCUGUGAAUCCUCAUGUGCGCCACUGCACGGAGUGCCGUGCUGCUGUUGCAACGUGGUGCUCACAUGCGGUGGUGCAUGUGGCGGGCACCAAGGGCAAGGGUUCCACCGUGCAUUUCAUCUCCAGCAUUCUGCGGGCGGCAGGCCUGGCUGUGGGCACUUACACCAGUCCGCACGUGGUGAGGCUGAACGAGCGCAUCGUGGGCCCGACGGGGCACCCGGCCACCGAUGCGCAGCUGGCGGCACUGGUGGCACGGCAUGGCAGCACAGUGGACGCCGUGUGGCACGAGGAGAAGCGGCGCGGGGGGGUGCUCUCACACUUUGAGGUGCUGACGGCGCUGGCGUUGACGUUCUUCGCGGAGCAGAGGGUGCAAGUGGCCGUGGUGGAGGUGGGGCUGGGCGGGGUGUGUGACGCCACGAACGUGAUCCCUCGUGGCAGCCUGGCAGCAGCGGUGAUCACAGCCAUCGGCAUGGACCACGUGGGCGCGCUGGGGGGGUCGCUGCACAGCAUUGUGCGCGCCAAGGCCGGCAUCAUGCACACCGCCACCCCGGUGCUGAUCGCCCCCCAGCCUCACCCCACGGUCCUCCCACAGCUGCUCUCACUCGCCCGCCGCCUGCACUGUCCCACCAUGCUUGUUGCUUCACCUCACACCAGCAACACCACCGCCAGCAGCAGCCAUGGCAGCAUGGUGCUGCCUGGUGCUGCCAGCAGCAGCACGCCGACUGAGCUGCCCCCCUCUUGUGGUGGCGAGGGCAGGGCGGGCGACUGCAGUGAGAGCAGGCAGGGGACGCAGGGGGCACUUGGCCCUGCACACGCGGAGGGGGUGGUGGCAGAGGGGGAGCAGUGUGGGGACAACAGCGGGGAACAGCAGGCACAGGGAGUGGUGCGGGCAGGUGUGGAGUGGUGGGUGAAGGGUGUGGACACGGUUGGUGGCACGCAGGGCGGGCAGGAGGGGCGUGAGAGCGAGGGUGGUGGGCGGCGCGUGGCAUGCGUGGUUGACUUCACAGUGGACAUGGCAUUGCUCUCUGGCCACCCACACGCCCCCAAGGAGCAGCUGAGGGGUGUGCGGGUGGGCAUGGUGGGUGCGCACCAGGCCGCCAAUGCCGCCACAGCGGUGGGCACGGCGCUGCUGCUGCGCUACACAUUGGGCGCCAUGGGCAGUGCCAUCACACCCACCGCUGUGCGCCAUGGGCUGCUGUGCACGCCACUGCCAGGCCGCUUCCAGGUGCUGCCUGCGGCGCAGGUGUGCGCUCUCCGGCGCUCUGUGCUGGGGGGCACAGGCGAGGGGGGGGGUGCGGGUGCGCUGGCGGAAAGCUGCAAUGGCGUGCAUGGGGAGGGGCACGGGGAGGGGCACGGGGAGGGGCACGGUGAGGGGCACGGUGAGGGUUGGGGAGCGCAGCAGGAAGGAGGUGGAUGGGGGGAUGGCGGAGAGGGGAAGGCGGGAGAGGAAGGGCAGGGAGGAGGGGAGGGGGGGUGUGGCGGAGGGCGAGGGAGCGAAGAGGGGGAGGCGGAGGUGAUUGUGGUUCUCGAUGGAGCGCACACGGGUGACUCUGCCGCAGCACUGGCCAGCACGCUGCUGGAAGUCUUUGGCGCGCCUGCCACCAUGCCCUCUCCUUCUGCCACCGACCCCAUGCUCUCUGCUGCUGGGGACGCCAGCGCCGGAGAGGAUGGGCACGCGGGAGUUGGCCAGGGCGGGGGCUGCGAGGACGGGGUGAAUGGCGGUGGCAUGGGAGGGAGCAGUGCAGAUGGGGGUGUGCAGUAUGUGUUUGUGAUUGCCAUGGCCGCCGACAAGCAACACCACGACUUCUGCUCUGCACUCUUCUCAGAGCUGUCGAGCUCACCUUCGCUCACCGGUCCAUAUCCAGGUCGUCGAGCUGUCCUGUCAGCAGCAAGCAUGCACAUGCAUUCCCCAUGCUUCGUCCCGUACCAACACGUCUUGCCUGCCCCCCCUUCCCAACACAUCCCUCACGACACCUUCUGCCCCUCUCCUGCUUCUUCCACGGGCAGCCAUCCCACCAGCAGCAGUGGUGUGCACGUGUGUGCCCAUCGCAGCGGCAUCGCAGCGGACCAUGGCCCCCGCCACACUGCUCUCCAUUGCACAGAGCCACCUGCCAUCCACGCCCCCUGUCCCUGGGGAGCUCACACUGCCACGCUUCGCUGCGCUGCCUGA